UGGGAACGACCCUCAGGUGUUGCGGUACUCUGUUGUCAGAGGGGCAGCUUCCAUGGGGAAGGAGCGCCCGAUCGGACUUCAGAAUGAGCAGAGUACUACUGCUGUGGGACCAGUCUCGUUUGACUGGGUUCACAUUUGCGGCUACUUCACCGCUCGAAUGUCGGUCGGACUGAAACAGGGUAUGUGCUUACUAGGGCUGGUAAUGGUGGUGUGGUUUUCUGACCUACACUUGCCGAUUGGUCAAGCAAGGCACGACUCGUCGCCCGUUUCGCGCGGACAUGGACACCGUCUUGGUUUUCGUGUUCUGAAGACGGUAUUUGAAGGGAGGUGGCUGGAGGAUAACCCCAAUGUGGUUCUCCCGCCGCCUCCGCCAGGCAUCAGCCUAAUGCUAGACAUUAAGAAGGUUGGGGCACCUUUCUGGUCGAGUAAAGUAGUAUUGGACCAUUCAACUGACGUUCCGAUGGGCUCGAACGGUGAUGGCAGUUGCACCUCGACCUACCAUAGUAUGGUCCUGAGCGGAAAUGAUAACUCCUUGUACUACAUUCUUGACUCGCGCUGCUCAGCUGACGGAAUCAUAAAGAACUGGAAUGUUUCCGUCAGAAAAGCAGAUUUGCUGAGAGGCGACAGUUCUCUCGUAUCUAAUUGGUGGCCCGCUGACUCAGUGGAAGGACAGAAAGUGAACGCUGCGGUGAAGAUACAGCAGUCAAACGGGAAGACGGACGAGGCUGGAAAAGCGAUGGCUAUUCCCCACAGCAUUGCACUGUCACCUUGGGGAAGCAUUUUCUUGACUUCGUACAGCUCAGACGAGGAUCCAAACAACUCAUGGCUCACGGACCUCUCUUCCGCGAAUGGUAGCCGAAAAAGUAUUCCCAUUCCCAAGCGCGCACAGAGCUUGGCGCUCGACAGCACUAAUAACCAACUAUAUCUCGCAAUCAAGAAUGCAUCUCACGCGUGUCUUCAAACUGCCUUUCUUUUAGCUGGAGAACUUCCCAAAAGUUUCGUCCAAUUAGCGGUAGUUAAAGACUCCCCAGAGCUCAGAUUCAGCAGGAGGAGCAUUGCUGCAAAUGGGAACUGCCUUUUUCUUAUCACGAAAAAGAACGAGGUGUGGUCUGUGAAUCACAAUGUAGGGAUGAUGACACCUGUCGCGAACUCAACGACACCGGCAUUCGAUGCUGUCGAACUGCGGAGCGUAGUAGCCACGGAUGACGGGUGCAAUGUUUUCGUCAGCGAGCAGUCUGGUAAGGUUCGCUGGAUUAAGCUCAGUGAGCCCUGUGGCGGAGCAUUCACUUCGGAUACCGUUGCUCAGUUGAAUCGCAGUGAUUCCUCCCUGUGGGCCUUGGAGCUCCGUCAACAAGGCGAUGACGUACGCUUGUAUGUCGCAUCGAACAAGGGCCUUUUGUUCGAGCUCCAAAUAAACAGCAACUCCUUGCAUACCUGCUACGCAGCACCCGUCAGCGAGCCUUCGAACUCUUCAGAAGAGUUCUUCCCCCCUUUUUCAUCCUCAUCGUCUCCGCCUUCGUCGAGCUACGCAGCACCCGUCAGCGAGCCUUCGAAUUCUUCAGAAGAGUUCUUCCCCCCUUUUUCAUCCUCAUCGUCUCCGCCUUCGUCGAGCUCGAGCUCGUCGCCACCCUUCCCAUCACUCACACCUCCGCUAUCUUCGUCAUCAUCUCCGCCUUCCUUGAAUUCGUCGGUAUCCUCCCCGUCAGUGUCAAAUUGGACCAACCAUAAGCGUGCCGGUUCCACGUCUCCUCCCGGCAUCCUCCAGCAGCCGUCUUGCUCCUCGCCACCCAAGCCUCACUCCCGUUCACGCUCUGGCAAUCCAGCUCUCGCAGCCGCGGUGUCGGUUCUGUCUGUUGCAGCUGUGGGCCUUGUCAGCGCGCUCCUCAUCGUGCACAUUUACAAGAAGCGUCGGAUCGGCGCGCAGCCGCCGCCUGCUGCAACGCCCUUCCCUGGCGACGGGAACGAGGCUUUCGCAACGUGCAGCUUGCCUGUACUUGAAGGUGCCGCGGAGAACUUCAACGACAGGUACCGGAUUGACGCGGGGAGAUUCGCCGAUGUCUUCUGGGGAACAAUCGGCGAGAAGGAGGUGGUGAUACAGAAGAUGAAGUCGGUUCCCCACUGGACGAGAACCUCCUGUAAGUCAAUGAAAGAUAGAAGUGAGACGCUAGGUCGCAUCCGUCAUCAAUAUCUCUCUCCGUUGAUAGGCUAUUGCGAGGAAGGGCCGCAUCAGCAGCCGCAGCCGAUCCUCGUUUAUCGGAGCAUUCCGGGCCUUAGUCUACACAGCCGCUUAUAUGAAGAACAUAAGAAUCCCGGGAAACCCUAUCUUCUCAAUCCCUUGACUCUGAUCGAGAGGCUGACCAUUGCUUGUCAGAUAGCCGACGCUGUGGCCUAUCUCCAUAGUCAAUAUGUCAUUCACUUCAAUCUCAAGACCAAGAAUGUGCUGUUGCGCGAUGACAACAUGCAGGUGGUCCUGCUAGAUUACUCGCUAAGUAUACCAUAUAAGCAAGCAUAUGCGCAAGGGGCUCCAGGUUAUACUUACCCAUACGUAGAUGAAGAGAUCGUGGCGGAGAGGGAGUUCUACUUGGCGCCAGAGUGCAAGAGACAAUGUUUAGUGACACCUGCAAGUGACGUGUACGCUUUCGGAGUCAUCCUGCUAGAACUUCUAGUUACGCGCAUCAGCGAAGGAGCCAUCCGGGAUCUUCAAAACGGCAAACCACUGGUGGACAUUCAGCCAGGACUGAUGGGCGGGCCAGGCCAGCAACUGCCACACGGUAUGUCUUCGCGCCAGGUGGUAGAGAAGAUGGUAGCAGUAGCUCGACAAUGCACUGAAGAACUUCAAGGAAAUGAGAGGCCCACAAUGAGUGAGGUUGCAAGUAUACUUCACAGCACCUUAGACGGGAGAAUGCAAGGCAACGCAGCUUACCUUAGAAUCUCGUUUAAGCCUUGGCCGGUUCGGCACCGGUUCUCCAGUGUUCUAUUAGAGCCUAGAGGCACCGCUUCCCUGGGGAGGGACCGCCCGAUGGGACUCCAGGAGAAGGAUAGUGGUAGGGGCGUGGGGCCAGGCUCGUUUGGCUUGUUCCCCAUCGUGGUAGGGAAAAAGGGUGGAGUGAAACAGGGUGUGGUAAUGGUUGUGUGGUUUUCGGUCAUGCUGUUGUUUGUCCAAGGAAAGCACGAUUCGCCUCGCAUCUUACGUAAACAUCGAUGUGGUGGUGGUUUACGUACCCUGAUGGCUGCCGUCGACUGGGCUACAUUCAUGCCGACAAGCUCGGCAAGCAGCAGCGAGCCAGCACCGCAAAGCGCGUCAAUUAUGCCAAGCAACAGCCAGCCGCUAAUCAACAGCCUUAGCAACAGCCAGCCGCUGAUCAACAACCUUACGUUAAUCGCUCUAGGCAAUCUGAGUUCUUCCAACACUAGAAUUAGAUCAGUGGUGGACCUUUCACAAAAUUUCACCUCCUUCUUGGCCGAUGAUUCUUGUAAAUUGACGUUCAACAGCAUGGUGCUGGAUGACAGUAGGACGGUCUUGGACUACAUUCUUGACUUGCGCUGCAGCGUGUCUAGCGAAGACAUCAUCACUAACUGGACUGUUUCAGUGUGGAAGGUACAACGAGGCAGUGAUCCCACCAAUACUGGCCUCGUAACGUACUGGUGGCCCACUAGUGAGAUGAAUCGAGGGGCGUAUGAAGCCGGGAGUCCUGGGAUGCAAAUGCAGACCAGUCAGGAAGAUGACCAGUCUCAGAGCAUGGCUGCCCUGGACUACAUUGACAUGUCAAAGGGGGGAAACCUCCUCUUGACUUCACAAAGCUCUAAGGAGCCAGGUACAUCAUGGAUAACGGUCCUGUCUCUUCCUGGAAAUAGUCGAAAUAGUCGUGAGCUCUAUUUCAGAGCGGAGAGCAUGGCGUUCAGCCUCUCCACCGGAACACUUUAUUUUGCUAGUGGGGAUUCUAAGCCGCACCUUCGUAGUGCCGCUCUUGAAGACGACAACCCUCCGACAGAAGUCUUUCCGAUUAACAACUUGGAGCAAGACCAGGAAAACACAAGAUUCAUAUUCAGCAGGAGGAGCAUCUCUGUGGAAGGGCGCUGCCUUCUUGUCAUCAAGGACAGGAAGCAGGUGUGGGCCUUGUCAUUGGAUGAUACUCCAGCCCCGCGUCCUCAGUCCAGGCAGAUGUGGCAGGUUGCACCGCCGGUGACCGGGUCCAAGAUGUUGCGGAGCGUUGUGGUGACCAGCGACGGCUGCCAUGCUUUCGUCAUUCAGGAAUCCCCAGGUGGCAUUUACUGGAUUCAGCUCAGUCGGCCUUGUGGCUUCGCGUCAAAGAUGGAGGAGAUUGCCAAACUGAGCGACGAUAUUAAAGCCAGAUUGUGUUCCUUAGAGCUAGGUGAGGACGACAACAGUGUUAACUUGUAUGUUGGAUCGGACAAGGGCCUCUUGUUCGAGCUCGCUGUCAGCCGCUCGGUACUGCAAACCUGCUCUUCUUCUAUACCCCCUCCUCCGAGUGUGGAGGGAUCAUCAAACUCAAGGACAGAGGACCCGUCUCGCGUAGAGGCCCCUCUUUCCUCGGAACGCAAUCUUCCUUCCCCUUCACGCUCCAGCAGCAAUGUAGGUCUCGCACUUGGUGUGUCGGUUCUGUGCAUUGCAGCGGUGAUACUGGCUAUCGUGCUGGUUAUCAUGCACGUCCGCAAGAAGCGUCGGAGCGGCUUCGAGCAGCUGCGACGUGGAGCUUCCUUCGCUGCCGAGGAGAACGAAGGUUUGAAAUUAUAUAGCUUGCGCACACUUGAAGAUGCCACGGAGUUCUUCAGCGGGAGUUACCUGACUGAUCUUGGCGGGGAAUUAGCAGAUGUUUUCUGGGGAGCGAUCGAAGAGGAGGCCGUGUUGAUACAGCGCAUGAACAAGUUUCCCUAUUGGACAGAUAAUUCGGGCUUGCCAUUCAUAGCUCGAAUGGAGACGCUGGGUUCCAUUCGACACCCUCGUCUCUGUGCAUUGAUAGGGUAUUGUGAGGGAGAGGGCUCCCAGAUCCUCGUAUAUCGAGACAUUCGAGGGUGUACUAGCCUGUUCAGCCCCUUGAAUGAACCAGACAAGAAUCCCGGGAAACCAUAUCUCCUCCAUCGUUUGACUGUGCCUGAGCGACUAAGUAUUGCUUGUCAGAUAGCGGAAGGUUUGACUCAUCUUCACGAGAAGUCUAUCCUCCACUUUAAUGUCAGUAGCAAGAACAUAUUUCUGCACGAUGACACAGUAGAGGCCAUCUUCGCAGAUUACUCGCUGAGUUUACCGAUGGGGAAAGAGAUGUUGGGCUGUAACUUGCGGGGCCAUAAAUAUGAGCAUAGAGAUGUAGAUAUCGAGUCUACGAGGGGGGUCUAUUUGGCGCCAGAGUGCAAGAGGCAAUCUUUAGUGACAACUGGAAGUGACGUGUACGCUUUCGGAAUCAUCCUGCUAGAACUUCUAGUGAUGGAAAACGCGACGAUAGACUUGAGCACCCUUCAUAAUCUUCAGGCUGGCCGAAAUCUCAGCAUUCAGCAGGAGCUGUUGGGUGGCCAUGGCCAGGAGCUGCUGCCAGACGGUGUGUCAGCGCACCAGAUGGUACAGCACAUGCUAACCGUUGCCAGGGAUUGCACUAGAGAUGCAAAUCAGAGGCCCACAAUGAGCCACGUGGCAAGCUCGCUUCGCAGUGUCUAUGGUGUUGAUGUUUCUGUACAGAGGCCGACGUGAUGUUGUCGAUGUUGUGUCGGAGUCAGAGUAUCAGAGAGUAUAUUAGGCAUCUGCACAAGGGGCAGAGAAACUGGCAGUGGUGGCUUGACUUUCACUGCCUGAUGGUGCAAGCCUUCCCAAGACAUUGCGCAGGUGUUUGAGGAAUUGGAUAUUAGUGAAUACGAACACGUGUAUUUUAGAAACUUAAGGUAGAUGCUAGAUAUGGACAAACCAGAGCUCGAUGUUACAGUUUCAGAACGCUAGGAUCAGAGGAGCUCUGACUUUUCAAUUUCAUGAACUGACAUCAAGGGAGGGUGAUGCCAUGAUGGUAGCCGAGUGCUCAGGAGUCAGAAGCAGAUCCCAGUAAAAUGGAUGGACCUGG